AACUAAACUCUACAGGUUGCCGUUGAUGACGUCUGGAAAAGAAAAACAGGAAAUUCUGUAGAAACGAAAAAAGAUUCCAGACACUUUCAAAGGCUAAAAGGUAGGUAUUAUAUACGAAUAUGAUCUACUUUCACAGCUUAUAGUCAGCACUUGAACGCCGUUGUUUGCUGAAGAGGAUGCGUGUGUGCCGUCCCUGCUGUUUCGGUCAGUAUCUUUUUCCUCUUAAUCGUUCUUUAGCACACCUAAGUUAAGGUUUAAAGUUGCAGUUCCGCAUCCAGGGGCAUGACUAACUCCUACUAGAUCAAGUGACAACACUGCCGACGCUAUUCACUGUGUGUCAUCAUAGUGUGUCUGCUAUGGAAAUAGUUUGCAACGGUGUCCCCAGUAUGAGCUGGGUGCCACUUUAGUGAGGAUGUUGAGUCAUGCUUACUGUGAAAAAGAAUGACAUUACACGUUACUUCCCAUUAUGGGCGUAACGUUAUAGCUGUACCUCAUUUUAGAGAGUAACGCCAGCUCAUGUAACAGUAUGAGAAAUGCAUGUGGUAGCUACACAUGUGCUACAUUAACAUGGCUGCACUGUAAUUGUGUUGAUAUUAUUGUGUGCUAAGCAACAAAUCCUCAGGAUACUUCCUCAUGAUCAGAAAAUAUAUUCAACACAAGUUCAAUAUUUAAUGUGUCAAUGUAUUGCCAUUUAUUUGAUUGGAAUUUAAUGCAAAACCAAAACCAAACCAAACCAAAAACAAAACCAAAACCUCAAGAUUUCACAUGACCUCACCUCACUGAAACGGGAAACUUGUUCGAAACAAAAAGUAAUCGAUUAUUCAACAAUUCAAAAUACCUUUUGCUGGCUCCAUAAAGCAACCAUGGUGUUUACUAUCUAUGUUAUGGUAGAGGAUAAUGAAAUAACACCGCUGCUGUUUUAAAAUUUAAGGGUAAAAUUAGCUCUGUGUCCCGUUUAUCUGUAGCUUAAAUGGUGUUAAUUUCAGCAAAUGAUACCAGCGUCUGGCUUGUGAUUGUGACGCAGUUCUAAGCCACUUUGUCCAGCUGUUUUCUUGAGGUGUUUCUGUUCCACACAGUUCUUCUUGCAAUGCUCUCGUUAGGCGCUUCAACACACCAUCCUGUGAUACCAAACCUUUCCAUCUGUCUUGAAUAGAAAAGUCUUUGCUGAGCUUUCUUCAGUACCGAUGCCAACUUUGAAAAAUAAGUAACAUUUACACACAGUAUAAUAAUGCCUUAUUUUUUUGCCACUUUCACCCUGAUAUCCAAUGUUUGUUUGUCUCACUCUCCACAGAUGGCUUCAUUUGAAAGCAAUAAGGGAGGUUUGCAGGAGGACAGCUAUGAAGGAGCGGUCGGUGGAGAGCUGUCCAGCUGCGCGUUGGCGAUGCUGGAAAAGGAACGUGAAUGCCUCCUCAGCCCGUCAGAGAGCCCUGGCACCUUCAUCAGCAGCACCUCCACCACUCCCGCCCCCCUCCAGGGCUACGAUGUGGAGUUUGACCCCCCCCUAGAGAGCAAAUACGAGUGCCCUAUCUGCCUCAUGGCUUUGAGGAAUGCCAUUCAAACACCCUGCGGUCACCGUUUCUGCAAGAACUGCAUUGAGAAGUCUAUUCGCGACACAGGACAGAGGUGCCCCGUGGACAACGAAAGGCUGUUAGAAGACCAGUUGUUUCCCGAUAACUUUGCCAAGCGUGAGAUUCUAUCGCUGACCGUUCGCUGUCCGAACUCCGGCUGUGCUGACAAAAUGGAGCUCCGGCAUUUAGAGAAUCAUGUGCCCCGGUGUCAGUUUGCCACCGUGCCUUGCUCGCAGUGCCAGCAGUCGGUGAGAAAGAGCCACCUUGAGGAGCACAAAACAGUGGAGUGCCAAAGGAGACCCAUGACCUGUCCAGAUUGUGUGGCACACUUUUACUAUGAGGAGAGAGAGCUUCAUGAGCAGCAGUGUCCCUUCGCCAGCGUGACGUGCCAGUACUGCGAGAUGGAUCUCAUCAGAGACCAGAUUGAGUCUCAUUGUGACACCGAUUGUCCAAAAGCACCCAUCGCCUGUAACUUCAGCACCUUCGGGUGUAAGGAAAGGAUGCAGCGCCACAACCUGGCUCAGCACAUGCAGGAGUUCACGCAGAUGCACAUGCGCUACAUGGCCGAGUUCCUGCGUGGCCUCAGCCUCAACGGCACCACGCCCAAGUCCCUGUGGACGCUGGGACCUUCCAUUUCCUCCGAGGAUCAAGGGGCUGCAGCAGCAUCAGCAGCGGCCUGUAGUGGGCCAAGAGGAGCUGCGAGCGGCAACGGCAACUGUGCGCCGAGUCAGCCUGCUGAAGAGAUUCAGAGGCUCCGGGAGAUGGAUGGACGGUUGGUGAAGCAGGACCACCAGCUGCGUGAGCUCAUCAUCCUAAAGGAAACGCAGGCUGGCCAGCUGGCAGAGCUCAGGCGCCGAGUGUCGAUGCUGGAGGAGACCGUGAAGGACCUGGAGUCGCAGCAGUGUCACGGCAUCUUCGUCUGGCACCUCAGAGGUUUCUCCGCCCACCUGCGGAACCAGGAGGCGGGCCAGCCAGUGGUGGAGCACAGCCCCGGCUUCUACACGGGCCGUCCGGGCUACAAGCUUUGCCUGCGCUUACACUUGCAGACCCCCAAUGCCCCGCGCUGCUCCAACUUCAUCUCCCUCUUUGUCCACACCAUGCAAGGGGUAUUCGAUGGGCAGCUGAGCUGGCCGUUCCAGGGCACCAUCCGCCUCGCCAUCCUGGACCAGGGCCCAGAGGCUCAGCACCACGUCGAGUUGAUGGAGACCAAACCAGACCUGCAAGCCUUCCAGAAGCCCGUCAUCCAGCGCAACCCCAAAGGGUUCGGCUACGUCACCUUUCUGCACCUGCAUCAGCUGAGUCAGAGAGCCUUUGUUAAAGAUGACACUCUGCUCAUCCGCUGUGAGGUGACGCCACGUCUUGACAAUGUGCUUCACCGUGACGGACCCACUGUGCAGCCCAGAGGACCCGAGGCCUCGGUUUCGAGGGACUAAAGUCAAACUCGUAUCUAUAAUAUCACCAUCAUGCCGAGAUGCCAGCACAGCACAUCUCCCAGUGUUUAAAUACGGCUCAGUUCAUUCUGAUUAAUGGACACCAGGAGAAGAGAAAUUGAUGUUCACACACAUUUAAAAUUUGGACACUGCAAGUAUGCUAGUAUUUAUUUGUUCACCGACUUUUAAAUGUCUGUGAUGUUUGUUUUAAUAAAUAUAAACAGUACGAUCCUUUUUAAUAUAUCUGAAAUGUACAUAGUCACCCGCAUGGUACCAACAUUUAGCGAGCCUCAUAAGUUAAAUUUUUGCACGUAGGUAUGUUUAAUCAGCUCGACAUCACCAGUUUAAGAUGUGCACUUGCUGAAUAUUCCUGGAAGACUUUCCGCUCCUGCUCUGGUUGUUGGAGACAGCACUGAAUGUUAAAUCUGCUAAAUUUGAAAUUCAGCCCGUUAAUAUAGCAGCAGACAAUUAUUUGUUCUAGAAAGAUGUAAUGAAGUGAGUGAAGUCGCUCUCCCUCUGUGUGUGUGUGUGUGUGUGUGUGUGUGUGUGUGUGUGUGUGUGUGUGGUAAUCUGGGCAUUUCUGUGCUUUGUAUACGUAGCCGGUCCAGCCGCACGUGCUUGUUGGAGCGUGCACCGCUGGCUAGCUCAUGGCCGCCACUCUGCACUCAUACUAGCGAAUACCGCUGAAAAACGCCUUUUUCAACCGCCGGCGUUGUCAUCGAAGAGUAACGCCCACCCUACGGUUCCCCCGCAGGUAAACACUGUAGGUCAGCACUGUUUGCACCGCUACCUGAUAUCCGUUGACUCAGCCGUCAGCAUGUUGAGAGCCACGUGGAGGAAAACUCUCAAUCAUAGAAAUGCACUGAAUUUGAAAUUUAGCACAUUUUUAAAGAUAUGUUAAAGAUACCCCUGUGGAGUUUUUUUUUUUGCCCACUAGUGGCGCUAUGGAGCAACGGGAACGUUGCUGGGCUGUGUAGCAAUUUUGUUGUGGGGGUCCAAAGAGACAUUGAGAAAGAGACGUGAAAAAGAAAUGAAGAGAUGCCACAAACACAAAUUACUUCUAAAUGCAUUUUGAGAUCUUAGUCCAACAAAAGUAACACAUCUGGAAGAGCUCUAACAUCUUGUUUUCAUGCCUUUCACGUCCAAAGACAUGGAGCUUUUCUUUUCCUGUGUAUGUGCCAGGUGAGCAACUUUUAUUAGAAUGAAUAUAGAGUGCUAUCUUAGAAUUCGGGAUCCAUUUCUUUUAAUAUAUCUACGGGGAACACAAGAUGCUGAGAAGUAUUACGUCAUAUCUGAUCAUGUUCAUCAAACAGGAGGAGGGCUACACGACAUCCCUCGGUUUCACAGUAGUACACUGGAUGUUUCGUGGUGGUAACAUGGCAAGAAGCUUGGUAAUGUUCACGCAAAGGAGGAAGAACAAGACUACUAGUUGGUGCAUGUGUGGGUAUUUGGAAACAAUGCAAAAUAUUCUAAAGUCUUCUCUGCAAAUGUUUCAUUUGUUGCACCUUACCAAUGCAUUCAGUAUAUUUUUAUGUGUUAUAUCCACAGGGAACUUUUAAGCACGGCCAUUGUAAGGAAUAGCAAAACACAUUCAUGUUUAUUCUUUUGACUGUAUUCUUCUUAAGGCAUCAUUGUGACAUCAGUAAAAAAAGAGACUUUUUAACAUGGAGCUUCUGUUUACAGGGUUUCAUCACCCCUGCAGAUUUAUUACAUUACUGCCGUGCAUAUUGGUCACUAAGUUGCUUUUGACAGAUUCACGAUGCCUUUCACAAAAGUUCCGACCUCAAACCGAUAUUUCCACAGCAGACAUGAAUCUAACAUCACGGGUCGGUGUCUUUAUUUGAAGCCAUUAUUCUGCCAGUUCAGCCUUUACAUGAUGUAAUAAAUAUUGAAACAUUUU